CUGCAGAUGCAAUGCAAUCUUAGGUAUAGGAGUUUUAGCUGUAUACAGUACCACACUGGGUUCCUGGGCUUGCAAGUCUCAAGCCAGGCACAAUGCAGCGCGCGUCGCUUUCACUCUUGAAGAACUGUGUAGGGGGUGCGUCUCUGCUUGAGACAUCGCUUCAGCGUGCUCUGGCCAGCUCUUACACCACUCUGAGCUCCAGCACGGGUUCAUCCUCGUCGAGCCUUCCCACGCCCGCCGUUCGCCCGGGCCUGCUGUCCAGCCUUUCCAGCUCCGGGCCAUGUGGCGUUAAGGGCAUUCGCUUUGCUGGCGACUACAAGCCGGAGGUGCCGGGCAACACGGUCGACAACUGGACCGAGCUGCGUGCGUCCUGGAACAAGGAGCGUGCUAGCUCGCUGGGAACCAAUUACUACCUCAACGUCGCGGUCAUGGGCUUCGCCUAUUGGCUCAAUGAGGCGUACUACUUCCCUCCGCGCACGCUCUACGUGGGCGCGCUGGUGUUCUUCGCGCUGUACGUACGCAAGGCAUACUUCUCCACGCCUUAUGCCUUCAAGCACGAGUAUUGAGCGCAUGAAACAGCAGUCGUGAUUGUCGCAUGACAUGGCACGGCUUGAUGGUUCUGAAAAGGCUUAUCAGCUUAUCGAUAUAGGCAGCUGUGUGGGGGUGAUGUUGACAUGGGUGCGACCGGAAAAGUAGACUAGGAUGGGGUUGGCCUAUGAGGGGCGCCUUGUGGGAUGGGUUGGGGAGAUUCGUGUCAGUGUGUGUGACUCUGUGUCAGAGAGGGGCUGCAGCUGGGACGCUCGUUCGUCGGGCUAUGAUUCAGAGACAGCUGCUGACGGAUAGUGAAUGGAACAUGCCAGCAUUGCGCAUGCUGUGCUGAUUGUAAGAUGCAAAGCAAGGACCGUCCGUGAGUCUGUUGGGGGGUCACCUGCGAGCGCAUGACGAAUGCGGCACCCAGGUAUCGAUACAGCCUUAGGCAGAUGCUUGUUGUUGAUGGAGAUGGGGGGACUCUGAGAGCAACCCAGUGGCGUAUGAGACUGGAUUUGGAUGCACCCAGCAGCGAGACCGUGGCGGUAGUCAGCGUGCCGGUGUUGCACCAUGGCCCUGCCGCGCGUCCAGGAGAGGCGCACUCGGAAUGGUCGUCGCACGGUACACGGGCACGUCAGGUGCCCGUCGGGAUCAGCUUAAAGGAUAAUAGGCAA